UGAACGCGCAGCAGGUAAAGCACAGGUGUGCAGUACCGCAGUUUAGAGGAGACUCAUCCAGAUUCAGCAACUUUUGAACCAGGGAAAGAUUCAAUUCAGAGAUGUUUGAGAAGAUGCGAGGACAAUUACAUCGUCUAAUUUGAAGUAGAAGUUGAUUUUUUUUUUCACUUCAAAUUUCUUCAAAUUACAUUUUCUCUUUUUUUUAAAGUUGGACUUACAUUGGCGUCCGUUUGUUUCCCGUUUCCGUUGUUUUCGUGCUCCAUAAUGGGUUUAAAACGUACCAGACGGACUGGAGUGUUACUCUUUAUUUUAGCAUUUUUAUGUCUUCUUCGUGGCUCCGAAGGAGAAAUUCCACCCAAACCAACAAGCAGCGGUGUCACGAUUGUGCCCCCCAUUAAGCCUGAUGUACCCCAGGCUUAUCCAGACACUGGUAAAGAUAAUCUACCAGUGUUUACAAUGGAUUACCCAAGAAUACAGAUUCCCUUUGAGAUCACUCUCUGGAUUCUGCUGGCUUCCUUUGCAAAGAUUGGUUUCCAUGUCUACCACAAGAUCACCAUCUGGGUGCCGGAGUCAUGCCUUCUGAUCAGUAUUGGUCUGAUUGUUGGAGGCAUCAUGCACUCAGUCCAUGAGGAGCCCCCUGCUGUGCUCUCCAGCAAUGUCUUCUUCCUCUACAUGCUGCCUCCGAUUGUCCUCGACUCAGGCUACUUCAUGCCAACAAGGCCUUUCUUUGAGAACAUUGGCACGGUGUUGUGGUUUGCAGUGGUGGGGACUUUGUGGAACAGCAUAGGCAUCGGUAUGUCUCUGUUCGCCAUCUGCCAGAUUGAGGCGUUCGGCGUGCAGGAAAUCAACCUCCAGGAGAACCUGCUGUUUGCUACCAUCAUCUCUGCUGUGGACCCUGUGGCUGUGCUGGCUGUGUUUGAGGACGUUAAUGUGAAUGAGCAGCUCUACAUCGUGGUGUUUGGGGAGUGUCUCUUCAAUGAUGCUGUCACUGUGGUGUUGUACAACAUGUUCAACUUUGUGGCGGAGAUGCCGGUGGUGAUGCCGGUGGACGUUUUUCUUGGGGUGGCGAGGUUCUUCGUGGUUGGCCUCGGUGGAAUGGGCUUUGGCAUCCUGUUUGGCUUUGUGGCUGCUUUCACCACCAGAUUCACCUCAAAGGUCCGGGAAAUCGAGCCGCUCUUUAUCUUCAUGUACAGCUACCUGGCCUAUCUGGUGGCCGAGCUGUUUGCCAUCUCAUCCAUCAUGGCCAUUGUGACCUGUGCCCUCACCAUGAAAUACUACGUGGAGGAAAAUGUCUCCCAGCGUUCCUGCACAACCAUCCGCCAUGUUGUAAAGAUGUUGGGCUCCAUCUCUGAGACCCUCAUCUUCUUCUUCCUGGGUGUGGUCACUAUAACGACAGAGCACGAGUGGAACUGGGCCUACAUCCUGUUCACACUGCUGUUUGCGUUUUUGUGGAGAGGUCUGGGUGUCCUGGUGCUGACUCAGAUUAUUAACCCUUUCCGCACCAUCCCAUUCAACCUUAAAGAUCAGUUUGGUCUGGCCUACGGUGGCCUGCGAGGUGCGAUAUCAUUCGCCUUGGCCUUUACUCUCCCUGAUAACAUCGAACGUAAACAGCUCUUCAUCACUGCCACCAUCGUUAUGAUCCUUUUCACUGUCUUUCUGCAGGGCAUCAGUAUUCGACCUCUGAUUGAGUUCAUCAACGUCCGCAGAACAAACCGUGAUCUGGGCACCAUCAAUGCAGAGGUUCACUGCAGGCUCAUGGAGCACACCAUCGCUGGAAUAGAGGAUCUGUGUGGACAGUGGAGCCACUUCUACUGGAAGGAUAAAUUUAUGAAGUUUAACAACCGAAUCCUACGUCGGAUCCUGAUCCGGGACAGCCGAGCUGAGUCCAGUAUUGUGGCUUUGUACAAAAAGCUGGAGCUGCAGAACGCCAUGGAGAUCUUGGACUCGGUGUCUGGAGACAUCAGUGCCGCUCCAUCCAUUGUCUCUUUGUAUGAGGAGAAGAAAAAUGCAUCCAAACCUAAGAAGAAGUUCCUGGCUGCUGAUCUGAAGAACAUGCAUGACAUCCUGUCCAAGAACAUGUACAAAAUCAGGCAAAAGACUGUGGCAUACACAAAUAAGCAUGCCCUUCCAAAUGACAGCCACACAAGAGAGAUUCUGAUCAGACGCCAUGCCAGCAUCCGGAGAAGCCUCCGACCAGGAAGCUUUCAGACUUCGGCAGUGCCCAGAUCUCAUAAAUACUUCUCUCUGCCUGCUGGGAAAAGUCUGGACUCAAAGUUUCCUCCUGGAAGGCUGAGCUAUACAGAUGAUCAGGAAACCAUGUCAGAGGUGGCCUACCCCUCCAGACGCUCUCGGUUCAGUCAGCCUUCACGCUCCUCCUCCAGAGCCAUGAUGCCUCUGCGCAGACUGGACACGCUAAAGGAGGCACCAUCUGUUCGCGUUCUGGAUGAAAGCACCACAGGAGAAGACAGCUCUAGGACCGGGGGCGGCAUGCCCAGAACAAACUCCUCCUCCAGUGAUUCCCGUGUUCCUGCUCCACACCGUCCUUUCAUCAGUGAUGAUGGCAGCUCAGCUGAUAACUUGAGGAAUGUACAUCAUGAAGCAGAAGAGGAGCAGCAGGAGCCCUCGUCUCCUCCUCCAGCCUGGGCUGCUGAGCCCAGAGACAACACAACGAGAAACCCUCUCCUGAGGAGGCCGCAGUGGAACCCCAAAAGGCAAUAAGUCAUCUGAGCUUUUAGGAGCAGCUGGACUGCCACUGACUGAAUUUUAGGUUCUCAAGCAGCUUUCAGAUAAAACUGCACAUUCAUACCGCCAUAAAUGCGAAAGAUAUAAACAUGGAGGUUCAUGUUUUUCUUAGUUGACGUAAUGUCAAAGCCAUAUCAGAAGUAUAGUGCACUGUAGUGAAGGAAAGGUAAUUUCUGCCAUUUUGUGGGAAAUAAUUUCAACCCUUUGCAUGUGAUUUUAACAUUUAAUUUCUUAUUUUUUUUCUCAAGAUAAUGUAACUUAAACUAUUUUAUCAUAAUGAGUUAUGUCUUUGUCCUUACAUGUAAAUAUUGCCCUUUUUUAUUCCGUUGCCUUUGUUCGUGAUAGUUGUACGAUAUGAUUUAGGAUAGUUUUUUUAAUAUAGGCCAACUUAAUUUCACCUGAGGAAGUAUUGCUGUGCAGUACAAUUACUCUUUGGACUUACUGAGGCCUCUCUGUCUGUUACACUAAUGGAGCUCAUGAAUCAGUGCCCAUUUUAAUAGUUUUACUGCAAUAAAUUUUUAAUAUUGUUGAAAUCUGUUAAUGCAUUCUUUGACAGUUCGUAUAAGUAGCCUAUAAAUACGCCACUGGAACACAAACAUUCUUGUUAGUGUUAUAGAAUUUUAAAUAAGAUGGACAAUGUGCUUUGCCUACUCAAGUUGCACAAAGAUGAAGCCAAAAAAUCCCUGUGACAGGUGAUGACAUACUGCUCACUUGGACCAGUCUGUGUGGUAGGGAUGGACAAGAACAACAGUGGUAUUUAAGCACAUUAUGCUGUACAUGUACAGAUACUGAUGGAGAAUGUCCAUAUUCUGCAUUAAUUAAGUCUGUUUUUCUGCA